GCCACCAGGAGAACUUCCAGAAGCACAAGUGCGGCCUUUGCGACAAGUCGUUCAGCCGACCGAGCCAUCUGCGCUUGCACAUGGUGCGGCACACCGGACAGAAGGUGAGGUGUGCGCUGUGCCAGAAUGGAUACCGACUUCAAAAUGCACUAAACAGUAAACUACAAUGAAACUGGACAAAGUUUGUCGUAUGUGUUCUUCGGAAAAGACCCGGGUCCGGCCAAUCUUCAGGGCGUACAAACGGGAGCGAUUGCUGGACAUCAUCAGGGAAGUCGUCCGGAUUGACGUGACCGAAGGAGAUGGGCUUCCGUGCAACAUUUGUAAACCUUGUGCCACCACCCUGAUACGAAUCCAGUCUAAUCUGGAAGAGUUCCGGGAAAACGAUCGGCAGCUUAGGAGUAAAAUUUUGAGAGCGGUUGACCCGCUGCUUGAAGAAGAUGAUUUGGAUAAUGUCCCAGCUGAAUGCGUGGCACAAUCCUCAGGAAAACUGGAUGAGAUUCUAAAGUCCAAAGAAUCCAACGAAACCAAAGCAGAAUUUUACCAGACUGAACCACUUGAGUAUAAACAUGAAGAAGUGUCUAUUCCACACGAUAUAGUAAGGAUUAAUGAACCUGAUUGUAACAUAGAACCGAUGAAACAGUUAAGUAACGAAGGCAACGAAUCAGAAGCAAUAAAAAUAGAACAAAUUCGUAUAGAGUUGGUAGCAAUAACAGAUAAUGAGGCUCGACAAGAUAAGCCGGAUCAGAUUAACGAUGAUAACUUUGUUGAUAGCAUUCAAGCGGAAGCAAGUGCUAUUUCCGGGGAAGAUGACUAUCCUGGUUCUGAUUAUGAACCAAGUGAGACCAAACCAAAAGUUGUUCGGAAAUCUAUCCGUGUUAGCCGAAAGGAACGAGUGACUAAAAUUUCCGUUUUAUCUUCUGGAAAGAGGAAUCCGUCACGUGCACCCAAGUUCGAAGACGACGAUCCCGAUCGUCCGAAGUUGAACGACCACAAAUGUUACAUCUGUCGUAGCCAGUCUCUGGGGUCUGCGAAAGCCUUAUUGGAGCAUUUGACGACACACCUGGAUCGUACGCCGUAUCAUUGUUCGGCUUGUACGAUGGAAACCGUAGUUAUAAAAAGUGUUCGCUCCCUAAACUAUCACCUGAAAAUGCAUGCCCAACCAAUGAAGUGCCAGUACUGCGAUCGACGGUAUUGUGACGAUCGCGCUAGAGAUUAUCACGUCAAAAGCUUCCAUUUGGGGGAAAGUGCUCCUUGUCCGUCCAAAUGUAGCGAAUGUGGAAAAGUAUGCAAAUCGAUAUCGGCUCUUAAGAGCCACAUGCGCGAUCACCGACAAAAUCUACCGUGCGAACACUGUGACAGGAUCUUCCAUCGUAAGGGCAAACUGAAAGAUCACAUAGCGAGGGUUCAUCAGAAAUCCCAGCGCUUCGAGUGUAAUAUAUGCGAUCGAGUGGUGCAUUCGCUGGAUAGCUACAACUCUCAUUUGAAAAUGCACAUGAGCGAGAAAACCUACGAAUGCAAUCUCUGCCCUAUGAAGUUCUACACAGCCGGUAAUCUAGGCCUGCAUAAGAGAAUUCACAACACCAAUGCAAACUACAAGCCACACAAAGACUGGAGUGGGCAUUACACCGUAACCCAAGAGCCAGGCCAAGAUAAAAUCUACACCUGCAAACUAUGUGGAAAAUCCUACACCAAAACGGUCAUGAAGAUCAACAACCACCUGAAGAACCACUUCAAAGACGUCAAGUGCGAUCGCUGCGACCUGAAGUUCGUCAACGAAUCCCAGCUGAAGGUUCAUUACGUGGUCCAUACCAAGAUCCGGGAGCACAAGUGCGACAUCUGUGGCAAAUACUUUCUGCAUAAAAACAAUCUAACGCAACAUAUGAAACUGCACCGGAACGAGCAGAACUACGCCUGCGAAUUCUGCGGAAAGCUGUUCACUUACAAGGAGGGCAUGAAGGCUCACAUCCGCAAUCAUCACCUAAGGGAGAGUCCAUACGAGUGCAAGCGCUGUCGGAGGAAGUUCGUCGACCACGCAUCGCUGGAACGGCAUAUCACUGCGGAACAUGAACCUCCGGUACAGCAGGUGGAUCUGGGUCCGCCACCCGUCAUGGGGACCGUGUCCGCACCACAAGUGCCAAGUCUCGAUGCGGCAAGUGCAAUAGUUUCUGGUGUUCAAUAAAGGGAAUUUGCGUUGAUUA